AUGCCAGCGGAUGCACCGCGCGACACCAAGCUUUCUGACCGUACUAGAUCUACUAGAGAACCAGCAUCGAUUCCUGGCUCCUCAAGCGAUAGAGUACUGCAACAGUCCGUUGACUCUGCAGCUAGGCGGCGGCUUUUUGUUCUGGGAGGCGAGAAAGGACGACUGUGGUUGCCUCCGGUGGCUUUCAAUCAAGCAUUUUAUUCACCAUCACCACAGACAUCGACGUCUGCACCUGACUUCUCAAGUGCUCGUGCUGAAAUACUGCAACAUGCCGUAUCCUCCACGUCUAGCGGUGAAGCCUCACAGUCUCUUCCCUCUGCUGGGAAUUGGGAGAUGUACGCACGGAAAGUCAGCAUGCCACCUAACAGCAAUUGGCAGUGUCUAUGGUCGGUGAAGCACAAAUACACAUCCAUUCCCUGUUUGUACGCGUCGACCAGGAAGCUAGAUGUCAAGCGGCAUAUUGAGACAAGUCAUCUCAUGAUCAAACGUUUCACAUGUGAGAUUUGCAACAAAGCAUUUGCGAAGAAGGCUGGGUUUGAUGCCCACAAGAAUGAGCACUUGGGGAAAACACCAUUUGGGUGCAACUAUGAUGGCUGUGGCCAGGCAUUCAAAGACGCCAGUGCUCGGCAGCGUCAUCACAUUGAAGAACACGGACAUACACCCAAACAAGUCAAGAACAGGUUUAAAGGAUCUCUUCUAAACUCUGCCGGCAUAUCAGACAGCCGGAUGAUGGAUGGUGAGGAGGCGGGCGAGUGGGAGGAGCGGUGCUUGGAAGGCAACAUGGAGGACGAAGGCAAGUCUGAUGAACAGGAUUCAAGUUUUUCCCGCCUUGAUCGCUGGGCACGCUUGCACCAAUGGGUCCUCUACAGCACCACAAAUAUGUACACCUCGUUUUCACAACAAUGGUGUCGAUUAGGCUCCAGUAAAUAG